AUUAGUUAUUAGUGUUCCGAUGCGCAUGCUAGGGUACCUUGUUUGUGUAUAAUAAUUAAAAUUAUGUCGGAGUUGCUUAUUUUGUAACGUUCAGAUACCCAUUUAACUUGUAUUUCAUACUGUUAUCGGUUCGUUCGUAUUCUUAAUGUCCUGUUCCGACCUUAUUUUCAGGCAUUUGUUAAGAGCUGGGCACGCCUAAGUUUGCCUUUUUACGUGUUGUGUUUCGUUUGAAAAUCACGUGCCUUAAGACAAUAACCAUACACCAGCAUCAUGUCCAAGCGACGUCUGGAUAUAAUCGAUCCGUACAUCACUAAAAAUAAAAAGUAAGUUAUAACUGUUCAAUUUUUUUAUGGGAUUAAGACAUGAGUGUAUGUCACUUAAGGCAAUAUAAAACAUACAAUUCCUAAGAUAAAAUUGAUUUUAUAUUUGAUUUUAAAUAAAAGGUUAUUUUAUUUAAUGAUGUAAUUUUUAACUGUCUAUAAUAAAGUCAACCAUAGGUAUAGGAUAAAAAUCUACCAGUUCAUGCCAUAAACAAAUUUUGAAGUUUGAUUUGUAUUAUUCUUUAAAUGGUAAGGUCUAAUUGUAAAAAUAAGGUAUUCAAAAUUUGUUUUCUUAAAAUUAAUGUUUAUAUAAUUGGUAUGUUGACAUUCACUGGUGUCUACUCGAUUAUAAUAAAACUUUAGUAACCUAUUCUGCAUUCACACCAUUUAUUUAUUGUUCAGUCAUUCGAUCUACUACCUACUAAUAUUUCUUGUAAACUAAAAUGUUUGAAUAAACUAUAAUUAAUUGAAACAAUAGAUAAUAUUUGAAAAUAGGUAUGUUUAUAGAUAGGAAAGAUAAUUUUUUUCUUUAUUUUUUGCAUUUUUUAGGAAUGACGGUCAAAUAUACAUAAAACCUAGUUCUUCAUCUCAAUUACAGACAAAUCCUUAUACUAAUUUACCAUUUACUCCUAAGUAAGUCUGCUAUAAUUUUUCUAGUUAAUAAUUGUAUAUUAUGUAACAUAUUAUUAUUCAAAUGUAAAAAAAAAGGUAUUUUGAACUUCAUAAAAAACGAAUACAGUUACCAGUAUUUGAAUACAAAGAAGAGUUUAUGAGUCUAUUAAAAAAUAAUCAAUGUAUUGUUCUGGUUGGUGAAACUGGUUCAGGAAAAACAACCCAAAUUCCUCAAUGGUAAAUAAUUUGUAUGAAUUAUUAAUUUCAUGUUGUUUAUAUUUUAUUACAUAUUAUUAAAAAAAUUGACAUCAUUUAAUCAUGUGAAUAUUUUAUUUGUAAGGUGUGUAGAAUAUUCUUCAAUAAUUGGUCGUAAAGGUGUUGCAUGCACUCAGCCUCGAAGGGUAGCAGCAAUGUCUGUAGCACAGAGAGUUUCUGAAGAAAUGGAUGUUUGUCUUGGUUCUGAAGUUGGUUAUAGUAUUAGAUUUGAAGAUUGUUCUUCGUCUAGAACUCUUUUGAAGUAAUAUAAUUUAAAAUUACUAAUAACUUGUGCAGCUUUUUAUAUUAUUGCUUUUUUUUAUUUUAGAUAUAUGACAGACGGUAUGUUGCUUCGUGAGGGUAUGUCUGAUCCAAUGUUGGAAACAUAUCAAGUUAUUCUUCUUGAUGAAGCUCACGAAAGAACAUUAGCAACAGAUAUUUUAAUGGGUGUACUUAAAGAAGUUAUUAAACAAAGAAGGGAUCUUAAAUUAGUUAUUAUGUCUGCUACAUUAGAUGCUGGGAAAUUUCAAGUAAAUCAUUUAACUUGUGUAUUUAUAAUUUUGGUCUUGCUUUUAAAUUUUCUUAAAAUAUUUUAGCAAUAUUUUGAUAACGCACCUCUUAUGAAUGUUCCUGGCCGUACGUUCCCUGUAGAAAUAUUUUAUACACCAGAACCAGAACGAGAUUAUCUAGAAGCAGCAAUACGUACAGUUAUUCAGAUUCAUAUGUGUGAAGAAGUUGCUGGAGAUAUUUUAUUAUUUCUUACUGGACAAGAAGUAAUAUAAAAUUUAUUAAAGUACAAUGAUUAAUUAUUUUAGUAAUGACAUGUUUCUUGGAAUAAUGUUUUAGGAAAUUGAAGAAGCUUGCAAACGAAUAAAAAAAGAAAUAGAUAAUUUAGGACCAGAUGUAGGUGAAUUAAAAUGUAUUCCAUUAUAUUCUACUUUACCCCCAAAUUUGCAACAAAGAAUUUUUGAGGCGGCUCCACCCAAUAAGGUGAAUGGAGCUAUAGGACGUAAAGUGGUAGUUUCCACAAAUAUUGCUGAAACAUCAUUGACCAUUGAUGGUGUUGUAUUUGUCAUAGAUCCAGGUUUUGCCAAACAAAAGGUAUUUGUUGGAAAGUGAAAUAUUUUAUUGUUGUAAUACCUGAUUCAUUUUUUAAAUAGGUGUAUAAUCCACGAAUCCGUGUUGAGUCCUUGCUAGUAUCUCCUAUUAGUAAAGCUUCUGCUCAACAAAGAGCCGGUCGUGCUGGACGUACAAGAGCUGGAAAAUGUUUCAGGUAUGUUAAUAUUUAACACUUAUUUUCAGGUUGUAAAAGUGGGUGCCAAUUAGCAGUGUUUACAAAGCAUGAUAUAUUAUAUACACGAGUGGUCAAUUCAAAUGAAAUAACACGCUUUUCAAAUUAUUAUAUACAUUAUAAUCAGCAUUUAAAAUCGAUUAAAAAGUACUUAAAAUUUCAUUAUGAGCCCUAUAUGCGCUCAGAGCCCCUUGUCUUUUGGCUCAAAAACAUGCCUUACAGAAAAAAAACUUACCACAAUUUCUAUGGUUAUUUUUUUGUAGAAAAAUUGGAGGCAUCCUACGAUUUGCAUUGAACUUUGUUUUUCUAUGUUUUUAUCUCCAACUUUCUAAUGUUUUGAAAAAGGUUAAUUUUGAACUUCUUUUUACUAAAUUUUUUUAUACCAUUAUAUUUUAAAUAAAAAAAAUGAAAAAUCAAACUUCAAUGCAAGCUGUAGAAUGUUGUUUAACAAUUAAUAUAAUAACAUAAUAUGUUAACAAUGAACUAUCCCUGUUCCCACCAAGUCAUUUUCAUCAGUAAUAACAGGCGCACCCAGUCUUCCUAAAUAAGUAUCAGGUAGUAGAUCAGUAAAAAAAUAAAUAAUAGUAAUUGAAAAGUUAUAUAUAAUUUUUCAAAUUAGGAGGAAAUUUUAAUAACUAUUGGGAUCCUCAAGCGCUCAAAAAAGCAGAAAAACUUUUAAAAUACAAUUUUUAACAAAAUGAGCAUAUAAAACUUCCUAAUUUAAUAUUUAAACUCGUAUCAUAAAAUUUCUUUGCACUCUGCUAAAUUUGACAUCAAGCCAAAAAUGUAAACGAGUGCUAAGUACGAAUAUUUGAUUUUACAUAUAGUAGACCUAUAUUCGGAAUCUCCAUAUCCAUAUUAGCCAUUAGUUUUGUCCAAUAAUGUUGAGUUAAACAUUGGCCUCAUAAUAGUUUAUUGUUGCAUUUAAAUACCAUGAAAUAAAAUAAUGAUUGACAUUAUAUAUUUGAUGAAAACAUAGAUUAUAUACUGAAAAGGCAUACAAAAAUGAGAUGCAAGAAAAUACAUACCCAGAAAUAUUACGUUCAAAUUUGGGUUCGGUAGUAUUACAGUUGAAGAAACUUGGUAUUGAUGAUUUAGUCCAUUUUGAUUUUAUGGAUCCUCCAGGUAAAUGUUUCAGACGUCUUGUAUGUUUUUUUCUUAAUUUUUAUUUUUACAGCACCCGAAACUUUAAUGAGAGCUUUGGAAUUACUUAAUUAUUUAUCUGCUUUGGACGAUGAUGGUAAUUUAACAGACCUAGGAAAUAUUAUGGCUGAAUUUCCUUUAGAUCCUCAACUAGCAAAGAUGUUGAUUGCUUCAUGUUCACUCAGUUGCUCAAAUGAAAUUCUUUCAAUAACAGCCAUGUUGUCAGGUUAGUUUUGUUUUAUAAUUUAAAUGUAAACCAUUUUUUUUUUUUCAUUUUUUUCUCAAUGAAAAACAAAUAGUUUAAAAUAGGAAAAAUUUAUUUUGAACCAUCAAAGUAUGUUAUAACUUAUUACUUAUUACGCUAUUAGCAUUAUAGUAUGGUCAAUGAACUACCUUUAGUUAAAACAUAAUCAAAUUUAUUAUAAAUACUAAUUCUUAUUAAAUAAAUAGAAAUUGAAAUUCUAAGAUGUACAUAUUUUUUUAAAUUAUUAUAAUCUGAUAAGUUCGUACACUAAAAUAAAUAUACCAAUUUAAAUUAGUUUAAAUUCAAAAAAUGUGGAUUGCUGUUUAAAUGCAAUGAAUGUAUAUUAUUUAGAUAUUAAAGGGUCCUUGUAAAAAUCAUUUUUCUUAUUUACUUUGAAAAAGAGAUAAAAUAUUUAUAAAUAUUUUCAUUUGACACUGUCACACUAAGUAUUAUGUUUUGUUUUAAAAUUAAUUUUUUAAAACAAAAAAAAAAAUUUUAAAAUAAUGAGUUACUGUUUAAUAGUUUUUAAUGUUAAAAUUUAUUUACAAUUUUUACAUCCCAGUUGAUUUAAACAUGGUUUGUAAAUAAAAAAGCACACAUUUUUGAUAUAAAAUUAGAAUGAUAUUUCCUUCAUACAACAGUUAAUAAGUUUAUAUUACAAUUUUUAAACAAAAAAGCUUUAAAUUAUUUAUCAACGGUUUAUUUUUAUUCAUGAUUAUCCAUUUAGAAUACAAAAUAAUUCACUUCAAAGAUUGCGAUUUCGGUUGAUUUAAAGGCAAAGGAACCUAUUAUAUGUUUUUUAAAGAAGAGUAUUAUUCAUUUUGCCCUAAUAUCAACCAGAAAAUCACAAUCAUUGAAGUGCAAAAUAUAUUAAUUGUCAUAUUAAAUGUGAAACAGACAGUGAAAACAAAUUAUCUCAAAAGACCCCUUAAACAACUUAAACUUAUAAAACAAAAUUAAAAUUAAUUUUUUUUGCUUCUGAGAAAUAAUCAAUGCCAAAGCGUAAUCGGUAGGGUUUUAACAUAAGGUUAGUUACAUAGGUGUAUGUUGCGGGUUAUUAAAUGAGGCACAAUGGCCUUAUCCGGGCAUACCCGUCUGGCCUGCCUCCCCUGAUUGUCUUGUUUAGUCCCUCAAUGUUUUGUCCGACCUUCUGAAGCAAAGAAAGCAUCCGACGAUUCCAAAAUGAGAUUUGCCCACAUCGAUGGUGAUCAUCUCACAUUACUCAAUAUUUAUCACGCAUUUAAACAAAGUAAGUUAAUAUAAUUGGUAUUUAGAUUAUUAAAAUCAAAUUGUAUUAUGAUUUAAUUAUUAUUUAUUAGAUAAUGAAGAUCCACAGUGGUGUUAUGAUAAUUUUAUUAAUUAUCGAUCACUAAAAUCGGCUGACAACGUUCGUCAACAAUUAUCUCGUAUCAUGGAUCGUUUUAAUUUAAAACGCACUUCCACAGAAUUUACUUCUAAAGAUUAUUAUUUAAAUAUUCGUAAAUCUCUUACCACAGGAUUCUUUAUGCAGGUAAUAUUUAAUAUUUAUUUUUGAAAAAUUAAAUACGUUUUUUAUAAUAUUUUAAAUAUUUGUGUAAGGUUGCACACCUAGAGAGAACGGGACAUUAUCUAACAAUUAAAGACAAUCAGACUGUCCAGUUACAUCCGUCAACUGUGUUAGGACAUAAACCUGAAUGGGUAAUUUACAAUGAGUUUGUAUUAACUACCAAAAACUACAUUAGGACUGUCAGUGAAGUAAAACGUAAGUCUUCGGUAUAUUUAUUAUCACUCUGGUUUUUAUAAUACAAAAAAAUUUUAUAUUCAUUUAGCGGAAUGGUUACUAAAAUAUGCUCCACAGUAUUAUGAUCUACAAAAUUUCCCACAGUGUGAAGCAAAAAGACAGUUGGAAAUUAUUCAAGCUAAGCUAGACACUAAGCAAUGGCAAGAAGGUUAUUAAUAUUUUUUAAAAUAUUUCCUUUUUAUUAUUCCAUUAUAGACAAAAUAAAAAAAAAAAUUAGUUGCAUAUGUUUCUUUUUAAAUUAAAGAAACAAUUUUACUGUUUUAAUAUACUUGCUAUAAUUUUAAUAUUGUCAAGAGUGUAUUUUAUAAAUGACAUGUUUUAUUACAUAGGCAGAACAAAUAUUUUCCAAUUUUAUUAAAUAAAACCAUUAUAUUUUCUAUACUCCUAUUAUAAAACCAAAAUUAAGCAGGUAAUAACAAAAUAAAAAAUGGAAUAAUGAUUUACAAACUCUAUGUGUAUAAGUUAUUUGACUUACCAUAAUAUCAGGUCAAUAAAACCAUAUUUUACAAAUUAAAUAUUUUAAAUUUUUUUAUAAUUGUUAUUCAGAUAUAUUUUACACAGACUAGUGAGACUAAAUUUCUAUAAUAAUUAACUUUAAUUAUAGUUUUCAUAUUAGAUUAUCCAUUAUAUUAUUCAAACAUUUUCAAUUCUUAAAAAAAAAAGAACAUACAAAUUUAUUUUUAUAUGAUACCUUUGUUAAGUAAAUAUUAAAUUAACAUCUACUUAACUAUAAAUAUAUAACAGUUUUUAAAUGUUCACAUAAUUUCCUAUAGUGCUUGAUAUUUUUUUAAUAAAGAAUUAUAUUUGACUUACACUUCACUUAGUAUUGUCUAUCAUAUAUAUAUUUGACAUUUUUGUAUUGAGACACCUUGUAUUUUAUAUACAUAUGUUUAUAAAUAUUAAAAUAUAUUUAUACAUGUAUUAUAAUCAUGUGUAAUGUAAUGUAUAUUUUUAUAUACUUGAACUUCUAUAAAUACAGUGUAAAUAUAUACCCAAAAAAUAGUAUCAUUUGUCACAAAAUAUAGUUCUAUAUCCAAUUAAUAAAUAAAGUAAUACUUUUUUAAAUUGUUUUAUGUUUAACGAGGAAUAAUUUUUUGAUAGUUGAUUUUUAACUUAAGUUGUAUAUUUUCUUCUUUUUAUUUUAUUACUUUACAAGUUAUAUUAUAAUAUACCUAUUAUAUUUGUAGUACAAUAAAAAUUCACACUUCAAAUUGUAUAUAUAGUUUUGUAUGUGUAUUUAGUACCUAAUUUAUAUUAAGUAAAUUGAUCUAUUUUAAAAAUUAUAUGCUAUCUUUAGACAUUUGAGGUAUACAUAUUUGAAGUAUCAAUAAAGCAUAUUAAUAUCAGUAUAGAGUUUUAAUAAAAGUAUUAAAAUUUUAACUCUUCUAGCUGGUAGAUAACCAUGCCAUUGCAACAAACCUCUCAAAAAUAAUACUACAUAAUUUUGUUUUA